UCAGAUGACCCACUUCAAUACACAACAUAAUAUUAUCUUCGUAGAGGAGUAGCUGUCAACAGCGAAGUUGAUCAUGGAUUCGCGAUUCUUUUACCAUUUUAUAGCUUUGUGUAUACUUUUAUCCUUUGAAAUAGCAGAGGCUUCCCAAGAUUUAUACCGAUGCCCCACUGUUGUACGACGUGACCUCAGUAAACAUUACAGUGUGAGAACGUUUCAGGACAAGUGUUAUGUGUUUGUUUCUCGUGAAGGAACAUGGAUUACUGCAAGAGAACGAUGUCACAAUUGGGGAGGGGAGCUGGUCUCCAUUCCCAACGAACAUAUAAUGAAAUUCCUGAAACGGACGUUGGGUAGUUUACGAUGGACAAAUACAGGCACAUGGAUUGGUGCUAACAGCAGAAGUGGGGGUGUAUGGAGAUGGACAACUGGUGAGCGGUUACAGUGGGGCUACUGGGCUCCAGGCCAACCCAGCAAAUCCCUAGGACUCUUCUCUAUCGAGGACUGUGCCCUAAUGAAGAGACAGGAUGGCUAUCGUUGGCACGACUACCACUGUGACACAGACAUGUUCUUUAAAUACAGAUCCGUAUGUGAUUUCCGUAUGUCGCCUCGUACGACUACCACUACUACCACCACCACCACCACCACCACCACUACAACCCCCACCACCACCACCACCACCGAGGCAAGCACCGUGGCCAACACGACCCUUGCUCCUGCCCCCAGUACAGAACCACUCCCCUCCAGUCAGGAGCCUCAUCUGCUUGUUGCUCAUGUCCCGAACUUAGAACCAAAUCAUGAUAAGCCAAAGAUAAUGGAAAACCAAAAUUUGGAUUUGGGGUAUCACAAAGCCUAUGAGAAUGCCCACAUUGAUGCUGACCAAGCCUCGUCCACAGGCGACCGUCAACUGGAACCAGACAGCAGCACCAAUAAAGACAGCCUACUGAUUGGGUUUAUAUCAGGAGCUAUAGUCGUACUGUUGUUGGCCGUGUUCGGGUUCAUCUUCUGUCGUAAGAGGUUCCAGCGCAAGAAGCCCAUGGAUGAAAUGUCGGUGCGGUUUGAGAACCUGAACUAUGCCCGAGUGAACCAGCUUGACCAAGGACCACAGCGGGCCCAGAGUAAUAUCUACAUGGACACGACUGACAUGAACCGACUGUAUGAUGUUGUCACCAAGCAGGUGGACCAUGGUGUAAACCGCUACGACACUCAGUACACUUCCACCCUUCAGGCCAAGGGAGGUGCAGAGGGAGGCAAAGACAUGUGUUGUAGUGAGGACCCGGAUUACGAAACUCCUGUAAAAAAUUGUUCACCCCAAAGAGAAGACAACCCUCCAGCCCCUCCUCUGCCCUGUCUGAACAACCGACGACCCUUACCUGUCCGUGAAGGUGAAUAUGUUGAUAUGUCGGCGGGGAGCAGACAAGGAAAGGCCACCAAUCUGAUCAAUGAGGCAAACCGAGUGGUUGACCCCAGCAAGCCGAGUAAUUUAGAGCAGAGGAUGGAAUCGACAGACCAGCCCAUGUACGCCAAUGACAAUGCUGUCAAUGAGGCUUUGGAACACAGUAGUGAUGACGAAAGUAUCCGGCCAAUCCUCCACAACAGUCAAGGCGAGAGCACAAUGGAGGCGGAACAAAUCUAUGAGACUGUGCAGUGAUAACUCGGGGAACUAUCUCAAACAACCACUGUGUUCAUUACUAUAAAGUGGGUAUAGCUAGCACACUGCUUUCUUGGAUUUCACAUGAAUUUCAAGAGAGAGAAAAAACAAUUGUGACACCUACUUCCGUGAACACAAAAGCUUCUGGCACCAAACUUAAGCUGUCAACUUUAAACAAAUGCAUACAGGUUAUGAACUUAUACAGUUAGUGCUAUUCCUAACAGGUUAUGAGUAACUAGGCAGAUUGGAUUUAUGACCACCAUGUCUAUGUUUCAGGUCUAGAGUUGUGUGAUUGGAUCCUUAUACUUGAGAUAAUGGACCAUUAGCCAAAGUGUUCACUCGUACUAGUAGCAAGAGACUUGGAGGUCAGUCUGUCACAGUGAGGAUGAUUUACAUACACGUACAAGAAAACCUUGCUGUACUGCCACUGUUUUGGUACAGUAAAACCUUGCUAUACUGCCAUUUUUUUGGUACAGUAAUACCUUGCUAUACUGCCACUGUUUUGGUACAGUAAAACCUUGCUAUACUGCCAUUUUUUUGGUACAGUAAUACCUUGCUAUACUGCCACUGUUUUGGUACAGUAAUACCUUGCUAUACUGCCAUUUUUUUGGUACAGUAAUACCUUGCAAUACUGCCACUGUUUUGGUGAUAUAAAAGAGGUUUGGCAAUACAAUGAGAGCGGUAAAAAGGAAAUCAUAUUGAAAAAGGAAAUUGGGACAAUUGAAAUAUGUUGACAAGACAUUGAAAAGUAGCACGAGGGACAUUAUAUCAAGGUUUUACUGCAGUACAGACUUAAUAUUUGACAUCUUCAUUCAUUGUGUUACAUACAACUGUAUGUCACGUUACACUGUAAGUGUACAUAUCUGGUACAAGUGUACUGUCUUGUCAGUAAACUCACACUCAUCCAUAAAAUGGUAAACAUUACGUAAAACAGCCUAUUGGGCUUCCAGUAUUACUGUUAAAUUAACCUGGCAAUAUAAGAAUAAGGUCAAAGUGAUUCAAUAAUAAAAUAUUAGGAUGUUAUAGAGCCCUUUGUAAGAUUUAUUACUCAACCAACCUAUUUUGUAUAAUGUUGUUUUUUUUGUUGUUUUUUUGUGUAAUUCUGAUUUUUAACACUGUUCAUGAUUUGUAGUAGUGAUAGAAAUACCCAUGUUUACUUACAACUGAGCCAAACAAUGUAUUUGUUACUGUAUAUAACACAUACUACUGUAUAGUACCUUAAUGUGGUACUUACAAUGUAAAUAUGUGUUGAAUCUAAUUUUUACCUAAGAACACUUUUUCAUGUAUCAUUUUAAUGUUUUUCCUGCUGAAUAUACAUGCUUCGUUUAUUUUCAGCCUGUUACAUUGUAUGUCAGGUAGUCUGAUUGAAAAUACUUGAACAUUUCAUAGUCUAUCGGGAAUUCAAUGCUUUCACUGUACAGUCAAACCUGCUAGAGGACCAGCCCUGUUAAUCCUUACGGACCGCCAUUUUCUCAUCCCAUCCAAGCAAUUUAAACGUAGUACACUCUUGUAUAAAAAGUCCAUGCAUGACCAUCUCUGGCAAAAAGACCACAUUUGAGCCUUCCGUUGAGUGGUCUGUCCCUUGGUAUAGAUUAUGCUGUAUUUAGUAGAUAGCCACCUUUGCCUGUACAAUUAUAAUCAUUUCUGUCAUAAAAAAGGAGUAUUGACAUAUUGUGAGAUGAUAUUGAUAAAUGGUGUGGUUAGAUUGUUCAAUAUGUAAAAAGCAAAACCUUGAACUGCCAGCGUUAACCCGGCAACAUUGCAGUAUCUGUUCAUCUGAUGAUGUUCAUGUAUAAGGGUUGGGCGAUAUAUUAAGUAUAGGGAAUAAAGGAACUUUGCAACAGCAAACAAACAAUAUAUUUAGAGGAUCUUGAAAAAUGUUGAUGUUUAAGCAUGGUGGAAAAUGAAACGAGGGGCAUUACAUCAAGGUAUUACUGUAAGUAAAGUGAUUUCAUGGUGUGCUCUAUACUUUAAAACAAAAACUUCAUCGAUUUUGUUCAAAUCAAUACAUGUACAUUUCCAGUUCAAUUUUUCAGAUGGAACACUUGCAUGUCAGAUCAUGAGUUACAUACAUGUAACUGGCAAUGCAAGGAGAGUGUAAUCUUUGUUUUGUUAAAUUGCUCAAAUUUUGACUUUUACUAUGUGCUUAUAGUUGAAAUAUUUGUGUGUUACACUUUAACAAAUUUGUUUGUUAUCAUGAAGUGUUAAAGAUUUGGGUUUAUAUGGACAACAAGUCAACUUAAAUCAUGAAAAGAUAAUUGUUUUAGCAAUAUUACUAUGAUACUAUUGGGUGUCUAUGUUUUAGUUCUUUUUCCUCGUUCAGAUUCUGAUAUUUGAAUUUUACUUAUUUCAUGUAGAUGCCCUUUCAAAUUCAAUUCUAUUUUCCUUAAACAUUAAUAUUCUUUAGUUAUUCGAACUGUUCGAUAUUCAGGGUGAUAUAGGGGGAAAAUGAAAUCUUUUUGGCUGAUUGUAAUAAAUGUACAUGCAGAUUUGGCUGAUACAUGUAUAUGAUUUGAAAGUCUAACCAAGCUGGGCAUUUAUGAAAAGACAAUCGUUCCAUGCCAGCUUAUAUAGCUGUAUAUAUGUAAAUAUAUUUACUUGUAAAUUCAGUGUUACAUUUUAAUCUGAUGAUAUAUAUAUAAUCAGUUUGAUGGUAUAUAUUUCUGUAGGUUUACCAUUGCAAGGACCAAUUUCUUUAUCUAGUCGGUAGCAUGAAGAAUUACUGUAUAUAUGUACAUACAUGUAUAUAAUAUCAAUUAAGAAUACAUCUAGUUCCAUUAUUUGCAAUAGAGUCAAAAUCACAGGUUGUACAUAAAAUGAAUUUCCUCCCUGCCACCUAGUCUAAAAUUCAAGCAUUCUUUAAUAUUUUCAAAAUUUGACCAUUACCAUAUCUAACCUUGUAUCAACUUAAAACUUCUGUACCGAUUCAUUUUUUGUAUUGAAUUUUUUCCAGAAUUUUUUGUUGUUGUGAGAAACAUCAUCUUAUUAAAGCAAGCCAUGUUAAAUAUCUUGGAUGGCAUUAAGAUUUAUUCCAGUGUGGGUUUUUUUUAUCGAAAUUUAUGUCCCAAUUUAGAUUUAUGAAAUUGUUAGAUACAUUUUUCUUUUAAAGAAAGAGGCAUUAUUGCAGAUAGCUUUAUUGAUUAUUCAAUAUGUGCUAUAUUUUGUUAGAAAAAUGUGUUUUCAACAGGAAUUUUGAAUUUAUUUCAUAUUAUAUUAAGAGGAAUUGAUUCUUCAUAGAAUAUAGACGUGUAUACCCAAUAUGCAAAGGUUUUAUAAAUUAAAGUUGUCAAGAGUGCAGCUAAAACUGCACAUAUAUUUGUACUACAGUUUAACCUGGCCAAUCUGAUCAGAAGUAUUUCAAAAAUCCUGUGUAAUCUGACAUGAUGCUCUCAUCCCAUUUCUAGGGGGGGGUGGGGGGAGAGAAGAUGUAUAUAUAUAUAUACCUUAAACUACCAAAUAAGACAAGUUUAUCCUGACUUUAUGUCAAAUUGCCACAGUGGCCAAGUGGUUAAUGCAUCUGACAUUCUGCUACCACUAGCCCCCUGACAUUCUGCUACCGGACCACUGGAUCGCAGGUUUGAGACUUAUGUGGGGCAGUCGCCAGGAACUGGCCGUAGGUCGGUGGUUCUUCGUUGCAGCCCUAUGGUUUAAACCGUUAACCGGACUAAUAUGUUGUGUCCCACAAAGGUGUUGGUUAGACAGAUUUAAUUAAAAAUUAUUGGGUUGUAAGCCUCAUUACCUAAAACACCCUCAUUUUUCUUUGUUUUCAAAAAUGUGAGUAUAUUUUGUUUUUGCUGUCUGCUGAUCUUUUUCAACACAAAAACUUAUUUGGUUUUUACAAAAAUAAAAUACUAAAGAUUUAAUUUUUACUUUCUAUGAAAGUAACAUGUGAAUUUAGAUUUAUGAUAACAAUAUGAUACCUGUGUCACCUGUUUUUAUUUAUAAUUUGUAAGUAUUGAGAGUUAAAUCGUUGACUAUCCAUGAAAUAUAAAACAGUUAGAUACAAUCAGGGAUCUUUUAGUUCAUGAUGAUAAAUCUUGCCAGUAGUUUAAGUUUCAUGUUGUUCAAAUAUGGUGAUCAUGUCUCUGUUAGAUUUUGAUUGGAUAGCUUUUAACUGAUAGUGGCCACUUAGUUAAGUUUUAACGUACAGAAUCCUGGUCGUCCUAAGGUUUGUGUCAAUUGUACAUACCCCAGUACCUGUAGGGCAUAGUUGUUAGAAUUCUUUAUUUCUGUUAUCAAUUGAAUUGUUUUUUUAAUGAAACUGUUAUAGAAAAUGUUGAUUCAUAUUUUAUGUUGGAAAACUUUUUUUAAACAAUUUUUAUUCAAAUACACGUUUUACCAAAAUGUCAUUCAGCCAUUGAUGAACCCAAGAGUGCAAGAUGGGAGUGCUGAUAUGCAUGGAUGAAUUUUAUUUUAAAACAUUUUCUAUUAAAUCUUUUUUUUUUUUCACUAAAUAUUCAUUUGAAUAAGUGUUAAAUUUCAUUAUGAUGAAAGUUAAUUCACAGUAUCAUUUUUACUUACCAUUCUGUUACAGGAGGUCUACAUUUUGUAAGUGUUGUCAAGUUGCUUCAUGUAUAGUCGCCCCAUUGAUCCCGUGUUGUUUAGCACCAUGAUCUGUAAAGAAGUUGUAAAUGUUGACAUCAAUACACACACUGGUAUUUUUUGUACCAGCAUUUUCAACAUUACCCAUCCUCCUGUUAAUAUUAUGUACCAAACCAUGUACGAAUGAUGAAGGUUCUAUUACUUUAUAAUAAACUAUUCCAGUAGGGAAGAGAACUGAAUAA